GCCCGCGCGGGGUCUCCCCCAUGGUGCAGCGGGGUUCGUGAUGUCGAAGACGUUGAAGAAGAAGAAGCACUGGCUCAGCAAGGUGCAGGAGUGCGCGGUGUCCUGGGCCGGGGCCCCGGGCGACUUGGGCGCCGAGAUCCGGGGAGGUGCGGAGCGCGGCGAGUUCCCCUACCUGGGGCGGCUCCGCGAAGAGCCCGGCGGGGGCACCUGCUGCGUCGUCUCGGGCAAGGCGCCCAGCCCCGGGGAUGUGCUGCUGGAGGUGAACGGGACGCCUGUCAGCGGGCUCACCAACCGGGACACCCUGGCUGUCAUCCGCCACUUCCGCGAGCCCAUCCGUCUCAAGACUGUGAAACCAGGCAAAGUCAUUAAUAAAGAUUUGCGACAUUACCUAAGUCUUCAGUUUCAGAAAGGAUCAAUUGACCAUAAACUGCAGCAAGUGAUCAGAGAUAAUCUUUACUUGAGAACCAUUCCAUGUACUACAAGGGCCCCCAGGGAUGGGGAAGUACCAGGGGUGGACUAUAAUUUCAUUUCUGUUGAACAGUUCAAAGCACUGGAGGAGAGCGGAACAUUGUUAGAAAGUGGAACGUAUGAUGGAAACUUCUAUGGAACUCCCAAGCCUCCAGCAGAGCCCAGCCCUUUCCAGGCAGAUCCAGUUGAUCAGGUCCUCUUUGAUAAUGAAUUUGACGCAGAGUCCCAGAGAAAACGGACUACAUCUGUCAGCAAGAUGGAAAGAAUGGACAGCUCCCUUCCUGAAGAGGAAGAAGACGAAGACAAGGAAGCUGUUAACGGCAGUGGAAAUGCAGCAGAAAAUAGAGAGAGGCAUUCUGAGCCAUCUGAUUGGAUAAAGACCGUCCCAAGUUACAACCAAACAAACAGUUCCAUGGACUUUAGAAAUUAUAUGAUGCGAGAUGAAAAUCUGGAACCACUGCCCAAAAACUGGGAAAUGGCCUACACUGAUACAGGGAUGAUCUACUUCAUUGACCACAAUACCAAGACAACCACCUGGUUGGAUCCUCGUCUUUGUAAGAAAGCCAAAGCCCCUGAAGACUGUGAAGAUGGAGAACUUCCUUACGGCUGGGAGAAAAUAGAGGACCCUCAGUAUGGGACAUACUAUGUUGAUCACCUUAACCAGAAAACCCAGUUUGAAAAUCCAGUGGAGGAAGCCAAAAGGAAAAAGCAGUUAGGACAGGCUGAUACUGGGUCUUCAAAACCAGAUACAGAAAAAUCACACUUCACUCGAGAUCCAUCCCAGCUUAAAGGCAUCCUUGUUCGAGCGUCAUUGAAAAAAAGCACAAUGGGAUUUGGUUUUACCAUUAUUGGUGGGGAUAGGCCUGAUGAGUUCCUACAAGUGAAAAAUGUGCUGAAAGAUGGUCCUGCAGCUCAGGAUGGGAAAAUUGCACCAGGUGAUGUUAUUGUAGACAUCAAUGGCAACUGUGUCCUUGGUCACACACAUGCAGAUGUUGUCCAGAUGUUUCAGUUGGUACCUGUCAAUCAGUAUGUAAACCUCACUCUUUGUCGUGGGUAUCCACUUCCUGAUGACAAUGAAGAUCCUGUUGUGGACAUUGUUGCUGCUACUCCUGUCAUCAAUGGACAGUCAUUAACUAAGGGAGAGACUUGCCUGAAUACUCAGGAUUUUAAGUCAGGAGCAGUGGUGCUGGACCAGAAUGGAAAAUCGGGACACAGCUUGAUCAGUGAUCGUUUUAAUGGCGCAUCAGAUCUGAGUGAACAGAGAGCAUCUAUGGCAUCGUCAGGCAGCUCCCAGCCAGAACUAGUGACUAUCCCUCUGAUCAAGGGCCCUAAAGGCUUUGGGUUUGCAAUUGCUGACAGCCCAAGUGGACAGAAAGUGAAAAUGAUACUGGAUAGUCAGUGGUGUCAAGGCCUGCAGAAAGGGGACAUCAUUAAGGAGAUUUACCACCAAAAUGUGCAGAGUUUAACACAUCUCCAAGUGGUAGAGGUGCUAAAGCAGUUUCCAGUAGGUGCAGAUGUACCAUUACUUAUCUUAAGAGGAGGUCCUCCUUCACCAACUAAAACUGCCAAAUUGAAAACAGAUAAAAAGGAAACUUCAGAAAGUUUGGAGGCCAUAAAUGAGCCUGUUCCCCAGCCUAUGCCUUUUCCACCCAGCAUUAUCAGGUCAGGAUCCCCAAAACUGGAUCCUUCUGAGGUCUACCUGAAAUCUAAGACUUUAUAUGAAGAUAAACCACCAAACACCAAAGAUUUGGAUGUGUUUCUUCGGAAACAGGAAUCAGGGUUUGGCUUCAGAGUACUGGGAGGAGAUGGACCUGACCAAUCUAUAUACAUUGGAGCCAUCAUUCCUCUGGGCGCAGCUGAGAAAGAUGGUCGGCUCCGUGCAGCUGAUGAGCUGAUGUGCAUUGAUGGAAUUCCUGUUAAAGGGAAAUCACACAAACAAGUCCUAGACCUAAUGACAACCGCUGCUCGAAAUGGCCACGUGUUAUUAACUGUCAGAAGAAAGAUCUUCUACGGUGAGAAACAACCUGAGGAUGACAGCUCUCAAGCCUUCCUUUCAACACAGAAUGGAUCUCCCCGCUUGAACCGAGCAGAGGCCCUGGCCAGGCCUGCUCCCCAGGAGCCCUAUGAUGUUGUCUUGCAACGAAAAGAAAAUGAAGGAUUUGGAUUUGUCAUUCUCACUUCCAAGAGCAAGCCACCUCCAGGAGUUAUUCCUCAUAAAAUUGGCCGAGUCAUAGAAGGAAGUCCAGCUGAUCGCUGUGGGAAGCUGAAAGUUGGAGAUCAUAUCUCUGCAGUGAAUGGGCAGUCCAUUGUUGAGUUGUCCCAUGAUAACAUUGUUCAGCUGAUCAAGGAUGCUGGGGUCACUGUCACACUAACGGUCAUUGCUGAAGAAGAGCAUCUUGGUCCACCAUCAGGAACAAACUCUGCCAGGCAAAGCCCAGCCCUGCAGCACAGGCCUGUGGGACAGUCACAGGCCAACCACAUACCUGGGGACAGAAGUGCCACAGAAGGCGAGAUUGGAAAAGACGUCUCCAUUUCCUACAGACACUCGUGGUCUGACCACAAGCACCUUGCACAGCCUGACACCGCAACAAUUUCCGUCGUAGGCAGUCGGCACAAUCAGGGCCUCGGCUGUUACCCAGUGGAGCUGGAGCGGGGCCCCCGAGGCUUUGGAUUCAGCCUCAGGGGUGGGAAGGAGUACAACAUGGGGCUGUUCAUCCUUCGUCUUGCUGAGGAUGGUCCUGCCAUCAAAGACGGCAGAAUUCACGUUGGUGACCAGAUUGUUGAAAUCAAUGGGGAACCCACACAAGGCAUCACACAUACUAGAGCAAUUGAGCUCAUUCAGGCUGGUGGAAAUAAAGUUCUUCUUCUGUUGAGGCCAGGAACUGGCUUGAUACCUGACCAUGGUGAUUGGGAUAUUAAUAACCCUACAUCUUCCAAUGUGAUUUAUGAUGAACAGUCACCAUGUCACCCAUCUUCACACUCUGCUUCCAUAUUUGAAGAGUCUCAUGUGCCAGUAACUGAAGAAUCAUUGAUGAGAGUUCAGAUAUGUGAAAAGGCAGAAGAAUUAAAGGACACUGUGCCUGAAAGGAAAAGCACUUUAAAUGAAAAUCAGUCUGAUAUAAAACAUAAGUCUCUUCUCCAUAAAAAUGUGAAUAAAAGAGAUCCACCCAACAGUCAUGGGCAUGGUGAUAAGAAAAAUCUCUUGAAAGCAGAAAAUGGCAUCACACCAAGAGGCAGGUCUGCUAGUCCCAAGAAGUCAGCCAGUCAACAUCUGGAAGAACAUGCAGAAAAGAUUCCCAGUCCUCUAAAAAAUGACCCCAAAAGAAGACCCAGAGAUCGCUCACUCAGCCCCAGGAAAGGCGAGAAUAAAAGCAGUCAGCUCGGCACUGGGACAGCUUCUGGACAGGAUCACUGUGGAAAAAGCAGGGGACGGUCUUCAAGCCCAAAGAAGCAGCAAAAAACUGAAGGCAGCAAAGACCAGUCUAAUGCGAGUCGAAGAGCAGGGGGCCAUGCUAGCAACAAUGCUGAGCAUAUCUCAGAUGCAAAAGAAAGAUCAGGUGUUUUGGGGAGAGAUACAAAUCAGAGUCAGCCUGGAAAAAACAGAACCAGGUCUCCAGAGAAAAAAAGCAAGCGAGUGGAUGAAAGGUCUCUUCCAUCCAAAAAGACUAACAACAUUACUAGUAGGGCAAUACCAGAAAAUGAAAAAGGCAAAAAAGCAACCUCUGGACAGAUGAGUUCUAGUAAAGAUAAAACAGGAGAAAAUGUCAGAAUAUCAGAGAAGAAGCUAAAGCAGGAACCUGACGAAAGGAUGGUUUUAAGCAAAACAGAAGAUCACAAGAGAAAAGAACUUGAGGCGGCUGACAAAAACAAAGAGAGCGGAGGGUUCAAACCUGAAAGUGGUUCUCCCGCUAAGAAAACACCAAUAACUCCAGGGCCCUGGAAGGUACCAAGUGCAAGCAGAACCACGGGCACCACUGGUGUGGCUGAGAAGCGGCUGUGACCUUUAGUAUAAAACAAAGAAAAACAAGUUGUAAUCUUUUCUUACAAAAAAGCAGCAUUUCCCCCAACCCCCACCAAAAUCUUUUUUUCCAGAAAUUCUGAAACACAUAUAAGGACAUUUCAAUUUGAGCAUCAGGUUACCUAGCUGCAUGAAGGGCCUGUAGGAUUGCUAAGAGCCCACUGCCCCUCUUUGCGCUCAGGAGGGAGCUGAAUCCCAGUGCUCGUCGGACACACCCCGCUCAGGACACCCGGCUCGUCCUCAUGAGUGUCUGAACAAAUGACAUGUUGACAUUCAUAACGUGGUUACAACUCAUUUUAUAUUUGUGCCAAGUUAUCUACUGUAUCAUGUCUAUUUUAUCCUUCUCACUCAGCUAUUUCCACAGUAAUGAAAAAAGUAGGUUUGGCUCGGAAGUUGAUACUCUCAAUAGCAUGUUGCAUGUUUAUAGACAGAAAUAUUUGAGCCCUUGCAGAAGAAGAGAUUGUUAACUCAUCAUUAAAGAUGGCAGUUACCUUUCCUAACAGCUACUGAUAAUGUCCCCGUUUAAAAAUAAAACUCCCAAAUAUCACUACUGGAAAGAAAAAAGAAAAUGUAGUCAAAUACUGACUUUUCGUAUGAUUUUGUUUAUUGUAAUUCGGCUGGAUAAGGCAUUUCAAAUAACUGAGUUCACUUCCUGCUGUGUUAUCCAACCCUAAUUGAUGCAGCAUCUCAGAUCACCCUUUUAUUUGUUACUUUAUUAUGAAACCACCAAGAGACAUGUGGAAAUAUCACUUACUGCUAUUUGAAAUUUCUGAAAUCCAAAUUUGUGCUUCUGGAUAUUUUGAUUGAAUUAUCAAUGCUAAGUCAUUUAGUCAUUAAUACAUAAUAUAUAUUUGAAGAGAGACUUAAAUCACAAAACCAGUUUCACAGUCUGUUGCCAGAUGAAGGACCAUCUGGCAGCAGCUAUAUGUUCAGGUGUGUAGAAGCAGAACUUACCUGAGACUCGCUCAGCAACUGAGGACAAACGUGGUGGUAGACAUUGCAAGAUCUUAUUUAAUUGCUAGCUGUAUUAACUUAUUUAAAAACAGGAGAGUAAUCAUCUGCUUAGCUUGUACAAAUUUUCAGAAUUCUUAAUUUUAAGGCCUAACUAAAGAUGUUUAUUGGAAGGUGGUUAACAGUUUUUAGCUCCAUAAAACAGAUCCGGGUUUUUCAGCCCCCAGAACUAGCAAUCGGUAGCAUCUAUAAAUAAAGGAACAUUCUCAGAAUAAAACCAUUUUCUGGAGUAUUUGAACGCUGUUGUUCUGUCACCCUGGGUUCAUCUUGUUAUUGUGAAACGCAUCAUGUUCAGGUCCUUCCCUCUCAGAAUCUAACUGUGAAAUUCUUUAAUAUAACAACUGAAGCCCCUGUAGAUAAGACAUUCUUCCCAGAGUGAGAUUUUUUGAAACCCCCUUUUCAUCCAGAACUAUAUUUACCCACCUAUUGUAACUACUUGAAUAGAGACAAAUUAGAAGGCUUGAUAAAUGCUAAGAAUUUAGUACCACAGAAAUGAUUUAUUUUCCCUAUAGUCCACAAUUAGUGAUAAAAAUCCUAUUUUUAUUGUUAACUGUGACAUAACUUUGAUGUCAUCUGUUGUCAGUCUGAUGUGGCUCUUUCCUCUCUUAAGUAACCGGUCACUGUACUGAUUCUGUACUGACUUAGCAAUGUGGCCUUGGAAUGCUAAGCAAAAUAUGGAUGUACUGGUUGUAAAUGUUUAUAUAUUGUACAGUACCUUUAUAUAUACACUUGAGGUUCUGAUUAGAGAAAGAGAUCUGUAAAUCGCUCGUUAUUUUUUAUAUAGAUAUUAAAAAAACAAAAAUCA